GAUUGCGUCGCCUUCGUCGCUCGCGUGUUUACGUCGCCGCGUGAGCUUCCCCGCAGAGGCAAGGUCCACGCGAAUCUAAUCCAGAGGGUACAUGUAAGUGAUUUGGAAUGCCUGCAGUAGGAAAGAUGGGAGGUAAGGAGAAAAAGGUCACAAAUCUGAAACGCAAAAACUCCAUUGGAGGGCCUGCAAAGGAUUUUGGCAGCCCAGAGAAGAAAGCCAAAAGUGACAACAAAACAUCAACCAAGAAGAAAAAAUCUCCCAUCAGGGAGAAAAAAACUGCAAAGAAAGUUUUGCCAGAUAAGAAUCCUCAAAGCUCUGACCAGGAGGUUGUGAAUGAGAGUAAGAAGCCACAGAAGAAGGCAAAGUUUGGUAAAGAUAGUCAAGCCAGUGCUGUCAGCAAAGUGAUGCCAGCAAAAAAGACAAAUGAUCCCGCCAAGGAACCCCCCAAAGGCAGCAAAACUGAUGAAGCAUCAGAUUCAGUGCCCCUGAAGGGUGACUUGUUAAGAAUCUACCAGAAGAGAAAGGCAGAAAGAAAUGCAAGAUGCUUCCGUGUCAUAAUACGUACUUCUGAGGAGGAUGAAGAGGAUGAGGAAGUGGAAUUUGAAAAUGCAGUGUGUGUACGCAGUUUAAAGUUUAGUGCUUGGUCUGCCCGGAGGGCGGGCGCCGCUGGAGCCAGCCUCGCCCUCGAGAAGCGGUCGGCAGGACUCUCUGAAAAGGACUCUCCCUGA